CAAAAGCUCUAAGACGGAGAACAAGACCACAGAGAAAGACAUUUGAAAGCAAAUUUGAACUCCACUUAGCAGACCCUCUUCUCUGAAUCGGAGCCCGAGUAGGUCAUCCAUUAAAGAUCAUGGCUUGCUCAAACUUUACAAUGUGGGUAUCCUCAAAAUCGUCUUCAUCCGAUGACUCCGCUCUAUCCUUUCGGCAUUUUAACCCACUUCAAGUUCCUUUGCAAGGCUCUGCCUCGCGAUCCUCAUCUGUCACUCCGAUUCAUUGUGGCCUCCGUGAGCUUCGAGAACGGAUCGAUUCAGUGAAGAACACCCAGAAAAUUACUGAGGCUAUGAAGCUCGUUGCUGCUGCCAAAGUGCGUAGAGCUCAAGAAGCUGUUGUAAAUGGAAGACCAUUCUCGGAAUCUCUAGUUGAAGUUCUUUACAACAUCAACGAGCAGCUCCAAACCGAAGAUAUAGAUGUUCCUCUUACAAACGUCCGACCGGUUAAGAAGGUUGCUUUGAUUGUUGUAACAGGGGAUCGUGGCCUCUGCGGAAGUUUCAAUAACAUGAUCAUCAAAAAGGCAGAGUCCAGAAUCGCAGAAUUGAAGACCCUUGGCCUUGAUUAUACGGUUAUUAGCGUUGGCAAGAAGGGAAAUUCGUAUUUCCUUCGCCGGCCUUACAUCCCAGUAGAUAGAUUUCUUGAGGGCGGUUCACUUCCCACAGCUAAAGAAGCUCAAGCCAUUGCAGACGAUGUUUUUUCCCUCUUUGUUAGCGAAGAGGUAGACAAAGUCGAGCUUCUGUACACCAAAUUCGUGUCAUUAGUUAAAUCGGACCCUGUGAUCCACACACUGCUUCCAUUGUCCCCGAAAGGAGACAUUUGUGAUAUAAAUGGUGUUUGUGUCGAUGCCGCAGAGGACGAGUUCUUCAGAUUGACGACAAAGGAAGGAAAAUUAACCGUAGAGAGAGAUGCCGUGAGAACAAAAACCUCGGAUUUUUCCCCAAUUUUGCAGUUUGAGCAGGACCCAGUUCAGAUUCUUGAUGCUUUAUUACCUCUCUAUUUGAACAGUCAAAUUUUGAGGUCAUUGCAAGAAUCAUUAGGCAGUGAACUUGCGGCCAGAAUGAGUGCCAUGAGCAGUGCUACUGAUAAUGCAAGCGAGUCGAAGAAGACGCUCUCUAUUGUCUACAACAGACAGCGUCAAGCCAAAAUCACUGGCGAGAUUUUGGAGAUUGUUGCUGGUGCCAACGCUUUGACUUGAGUCAAUUAUGCUACUUGUAGGGAAACAAUUUGAUGCAGACGAACAAAUCAGCAGCAGGCUAAGCGAUGUGGAUAGACACAAAAGAAGUUGAAAAUGGUGGUGGGAAGCCAUAGUUUUUGCAAGAGAGGAUGAAAUCCCAUCCCGGUGAAGGAAAGUGAUUAAAUGAAUGAAAAAAAGAUCAACCAGUAUGGCAGGUUCCAACACCAGAUGGAGCCAUGGGUUUCAUGGAAAAUCAAUCAAAGACGAAGACUUUGAUGAAGAACAAGCGUGGGGCUUUCCCAGCGAAACCAAAACAGAAGAAGCUUCUACCCCUGUGGCAACAAAAUUCAAGCACUUCAAUUCAUCACCCUCUUCUUCUUCUAACUCCUCUGCUUGGUGCAUGCAGAUCAGCUCUGCUCCAAAAAUGAUCCCAAAAGCCAAAACCACACCCAAUCAAGAACCCAAAACUGUGAAGAGAUCCUCAGCUCCUCUGGAGAUACCAGACUGGUCCAAGAUAUAUGGAAGGAAUGGCAACAUGGGUAGUCCAUGGAUGGACGAGGGAUACGGCUUUAUUAACGAUGAUGAGGAGGAAGAGGAGGAGGAGGAUGUUAUGGUUCCUCCACAUGAAUGGAUUGCUAGGAAGCUUGCAAGGACCCAAAUUUCAUCCUUCUCAGUUUGUGAAGGCAUUGGAAGAACAUUGAAGGGAAGAGAUCUAAGUAAAGUGAGGAAUGCCAUAUUGACCAAAACUGGCUUUUUGGAGUAAUGCAACAAAAAACCAUCAUCAUCUUCUUCCAGAUUUCAGAACAACUGUUCGCGUCUUCUUUUUCUUUUUUUUGGGUCAGUUUUGAUCUCACAUUUUGGUUGUUUCAUUUGAGUUUUUGGUAAUUGAAUUCCAGUUUUGUAAUAAACACAAAACGAUAGAGCCUUA